AUGGCUUGCCUCAUUUUGCAUCUCCAUUGCGUCUCCGUCUCCGUCUCCGUCUCCCUCUCUCAAUCUCCCUCUCUUUCGAUCUUCCGAUCUCAACCCUCUCUCUCUCCCUUCCUCUCUCUCUCCCUCCCUCUCUCAAUCUCCCUCUUGUUCUGUGUAACAGGUGUGGAGCCUCUAGCACAAGUGGUGAAUGCGCCAGCUGCUGCAGAUCAGGGCCAAGCUGCUACUCCAGCAGUGGUCAUUGCUCUAGGCCUUGUGGUAAUCUGCUUGCAGCUGCCAGGGCGAAGAAUCGUGGCUGUCGAGUUCUGUAAUGGCAUCAACGACCUCAACAAUGUCAUCUUUCUGGAGGUCCGUGGAAGCUCUGCCAAGCCCUGUAUGAAGAUUCAGUUUAGAGUCUCAUCUUUUGCAAUUCUCUUACUUGAGAAGGGAACACAGGGUGGGAAGCUGAUCUUCUCAUUUGAUGCAACAAAGAAAGCUCGCUUUGUACUCCCACGAUAUGCAAAAGAUGAACUUCAAAUCAGAUGGUACAAUUACAAGUUGGGGCAUAGGUUAUUCAAUGGUUCGUACAUUUGGAGUCAGACAUAUCACUUCCAUGCAUCUCCUUAUCCCGGACAAGAUUCUUUACAGUGUGUAGUAAUUUUUCGUGACAUGGGAAAGGUGGGAAGCGCCUUGUUCCUGUGGGUCUAGGAGAUGAUGAUCAAUGCAUUGAGGGAGCUUCACACGUCAUCUCUGCAAAGCUAUAAUUUGAAGUGCUAGCCUCUACUAUAGCUUAUUUUGUAAAUUUGAUUUUGCAAUGAAACAUCUUCAAGCACAUUAUUUUCUUAUGUUUUUCGUUGGAUUAAUCUCUAUUUUGAUGGAAUGCAAUAUACUUUUGUUAAUUUAUUUCCCUUGACCCUAAAUUUC